CUACGAAUGAAUACGAACAGGGACGACCAUGCAUUAGAAUAGACUUAAAUACCAAAUCUGUUCUACAAGCAGAUCUUUUAAACUCGAUGUGCCCUAAUAUCACCCUACUUCAAGUUUCCCCAUGAUAGGUCAGACUUUCCCGGUUGAAGACCAAGUUACAAGAAGCAAUCUUCAAACAAUUUGAAAAUAAUUGUUUCCCUCCCUUUUCUCUCACCUGAUUCGCGCCGGAGAAAAGCUGGACAUAUGGCGGAGAUACAGUGCACGGUGCAGACGUGCGACCCAGUACAAUCAUGGUACGGUUACCAACCAAAUCUGGGAAUCAACGUCUUCUUCGUUGUUGCGUACGGUAUCGCAGCUUCAUACUGCGUUAUCAUCGCUGUAUGGAAGCGUAGGUGGCUCACCUACACCAUUGCUAUCCUCGUUGGAUCUUUGCUCGAGCUUGUUGGUUACGUGGCUCGGAUUCUGGGCCACAAUGAUCCCUGGUUUUCUACGGGAUGGAUCCUUCAAUAUUCCAUCAUCACUUUCGCUCCCGUUUUUGCAAGUGCCUCCUUGUAUGUUUGUAUCGGUCGCAUGGCCGACUUCCUAGGACGGGGCAUCCUCAACAUUAACCCAAGAUUAUACUCACGACUUUUCAUUCCUUGCGAUAUAAUCGCAUUAGUGGUGCAAGGUGCUGGAGGUGCUGUUUCGGUUACCGAAGACGUCACAACAACAGGAGUGACCCCUGGGGCAGCGAUUGUCAUUGCCGGCUUGACUUUCCAGCUCGUCUCUCUCACCACCUUCUUCCUUCUAUUUGGAGCGGUCCUCUGGCCCAGCAAUAUUUGGCACCCUGCAUCUUCCAACUUGCCCAUGCAUCGAGCAAAACGCCUUCGAACAUUUGCUAUUCUCAUAAUAAUCGCCAUUCUCUUAAUUAUCGGUCGAUCGGCUUUCCGGGUGGCAGAAUUAUCAGAGGGUAUCAGAGGAGAUUUAAUUCACGACGAGUUACUUUUUAUCAUAUUUGACGGAUUCCCCAUAAUAAUUGCCACAACCAUCAUUGUUGCUGCCCACCCCGUUUUCAUGCUCCAGACUGAGCAAAAAUAUGAUUACGGAAAGACCAGUCGUCACAGCAUGGAGCUCUUAUCAGGAACUACAGCUUAAUCCGGUAUAUGAAACCAGUAACUUCAUAUAACAUCUUUCCGAUGAGUUAUCAAUGUGCCUAUGGGGAGUUGGCCGGCACGAUGAUUAGAUUCGCGCUUCUUUAGUUUCGAGACAGUUCGGUACCAUUUUCAGUUAUUACAAUCUUCUAUGUCUGUACAACAAAUUCGAUUCAUAUUUAUAGAGCGGAGGCGAUCUUAGGAAAUAUCAUAAUAGAAGUAAGACGAUUACAUCUAUAUACUAGAUUCGGAAGUUAAAGCCCUAAUAGUGUUGCUUGCUUCGUGUCUACAUCUUGAGUAAUUCUGUAAAUGGAAAGUAUUACUCGAAGCUCUCGUCCUGACCUUAACAUACAUAGCCUUGGGUGCUUCUUGAUGGUUACGGGAAACGGAGAGCUUUG